UUUAAUUCUUCUCUUACCAUAUUCUCCUCAUUUCCUCCCCUUUAAAAAGUUCUGCGUUUUGAUCCAUUCGUCAGGUAGAAGGAAAAAGGAAAUCACAAAACUCUUCAUUACCCAUUACCCAGAAUCCCCUUUUCCUUACUCUCCCUCCUACUUUUCAAUCAGAUUAUAGAGAAAGUACUGUUCUUGUUUAUCUUUUUGUUUUUCACUCUGUUUUGCAGGUUUCAAUCGUCUUAGAAGUUGAUUUUGGCCGGUUUUUGAAGCAUGGAACCUGUUAAAGAAGCUAUUCUUCCUGGACUACCAGAUGAUUUGGCUUUGAGAUGUCUAGCCAAGUUGUCACAUGGUUACGAUGGGGUGCUUGAAGCUGUCUCAAAGAGGUGGAGAGAUUUGAUCCGCAGCAGUGAGUAUGCGAAUUAUAAAGCUAACCAAGGAUGGCUUGGGGAUUGGUUAUUUGUUGUCACUGAACGUUCCAAUCAGUGGGUUGCCUAUGAUCGCACAGCUGAUAUAUGGCAUCCCUUGCCAAAGAUUCCAACUGAGUAUGAUGGCUUGCAACAUUUUGGAAUGUCGUGUGUGUGUGUUGGUAAACGGCUCCUUGUGAUUGGUGGCUCCUAUGCGCCACGUGAUACUGCAUAUCCCCGUCAACCACCUAUGAUUACAAAUGAUGUUUUGCAGUUUGAUCCAUUUAGGAAACAGUGGACCAGAUUAACAAGCAUGCAAACACCUCGAUCUCAUUUUGCAUGCUGUGUUAUGUCUGGUAAGGUUUAUGUUGCUGGAGGGCGCAAUACAGCUCAACCUCGAGGGCUUGCUCUUGCUGAGGUUUAUGAUCCAAUAAGUGAUCGGUGGGAGGAAUUGCCACCAAUGCUCAAUCCGCAAAUGGACUGCCUAGGCAUAUCAUAUAAAGGUAAAUUUCAUGUUCUGAGUGACCAGAUAGGCUUGGCAGAGCAGACCCCAUCAGAAAUUUUUGAUCCAUCAAAUGAAACAUGGUGCACGGUUGAUGACAUAUGGCCUUUCUCCAGAGCAAUGCAAUUUGCAGUUCAGGUGAUGGGGAAUGAUCAAGUUUAUACUGUGGUGGAUUGGGGGGAGAGCUUAAUUAAAGCAAGAGAUCCUGUAAGAGGAGAGUGGAUCACUGUUGGUGCUGUUCCUCCGGUUGUUCUCCCUGACCACUUCCGAGAACUUGAGGCCUUUGGUUAUGGUUUUGCUGCACUGAGAAAUGAAUUAUAUGUUCUUGGAGGGAAGGUUCUCAAGUGGGAGGAAGUAGGAGCUGGCAGGUUUGAUGUUGUGAAGUUAGCUGGGGUGAGAGCUUGUGAUCCUUCACGGAGGCCAUUAAACUGGAGGGAUAUCAGGCCCAUGUGUAGGCCAGCAGGUGGUUCUGUCCUAGGCUGUACCUCCCUGGAAGAAGAAACUCUUCUUGAUGAGGAAAAAUGAUUUUUCUCCUGAUGUACUUGUUAGAACCAAGCAUUCUUAACCAAUAGUGCAGGGAAACUAAAAUGUGAAUUCUUGUGCAGCAGCCUCUCAGGUCUCUCAUAGGAAAACCUCUGUUAUAUAUAUAUAUAAACUCUUAUUGGCCAAAUAUAUAAAAAAUUCCUAGAGCGAAUUAGAACCUUUUUUAACUGUAAUGUUGAUUUUCAAUAGAUGGAUCAUUGGAGCAGAUACGGGAGCAUAUUGAAAUUAGUCAAUUGAUUUUGAUAUGUUGUGAAGGACAGAUGAAUAUGUACCAAAGAGAAUGGUUCUGAUAUAAUGAAAGUUUAGAUUGAUAAUGAUGUUUUGUUUGUGCCA